GAUAUCUUGUAUAAAAUACGAUAGUAAAUGUAGAAAAAACCUAUACAAGUGAACAUUAUUAAUUAACUAAUGUUUUCUAUAAAGUACUUAAUAUUAUUUUGAUCAUCGUAAUAGGUACAUAGUGUAACUAUAAAAAAUUUACUUGUAUGGAACUAGAAUGGAGUUUGUAACCGAAGUGUCCGAGUUUGUGCGAUUGAAGGAGGAGCCUGCUGAGCCAGAAGCGGAGCCCGAGCGGCGGCCGCCCGGCGCGGCGCGAGCAGUGCACAUCAAAGAAGAACCACAGAAUGAACAUCAGUCAGACAGUGACGAAAUAGAAGAUUGUUUGCAACACACAACGAGUGAAUACGAAAUAAAGGAAGAUCCCUCAUGCUUUGAAAAUAUUGUGAGCGAUGUGAUACAUGGCUUGUGUGACGGUAGAGUGAAGGAUGAGGUUAUGCAGCCGGAGUCCGUGCCACAGAUCCCACAGACAGCCUCCUGCUCGGACAGUGAGUGUGUGAGCGAAGCAGCCAUGCUGGCCGGCCUGUACACGGACCAUGAUGUUAAAGAUGAGCUUGUGCUGGGUGCGGAGUGCCCAUAUCGCCCUGAUGUCACUCUAGUAGUUCAUGGUCGCAUUGGCCAUACGAUUCGAGAUUGCUCUGUGACACUUGAACGCAUCCCACACAUUGAUGUGCUCGCUAAGCGACAAGGCACAACUAGUAGUGACACUGAGUCCGAUACUGAUAAAUUUACAUUUAGAGGUGAAUUUCACACUGAAGAGAAAGAACCAUUAUGUGAUAUUUGUGGUGAGAGACACAGUGUAAAAUCAGAUUUAGUGAAACAUGUCAUAGAUCAUAUCCACAGACCUCCGAGCAUGGAACAGGAAGGCGGUGCGCAGGGCAAUGCAUUUGUUGGUCAGUGCCAGCAAGAGCAGGAGCGGGUUUUAUGCCGAAAAUACGCGAUCCAGGACCGCGUGCGCCUCGAACGGCUCCGAAACCAAGAGGCUCUUGCCGCCAACGACACGCAACACACGCAUACGGAAGUUGAUGCGGAGGAUAUACACACUAGAGUUGACAAUGGGAAACCGACUUGUGAUCUUUGUGGAGAUAGUUUUGCACGGAAAAUGGAUUUGAAAAACCAUAUCAUGUUUGGUGUUCACAUGCCGACGACACGACGUUCACAAGACGUGAGUCCGAACAAGGAAUCAGAUACUAGGAUUCAUAUGUAUGAGUGUGACUUAUGCGGAGCAUCAUUUCAGCAAAAAAAUACCUUACACAUUCAUAUCAAAACACACUCAACACAGUCAAAGUCUAAGGACUCUAAAUGCGAUAACAUAGGAGAAAAAUUUUACUGUUGCGAAAUAUGUGCAGAGCGUUUCCGAAGUAAAUUCCGAUUGAAUAAACAUAGAAGAGUUCAUUAUAAUAUAAGUUCAUAUUCUUGCCACGUAUGCGAAAAAAGAUUUAAAACUCCUUCUGAUUUUAAAAGACAUACAAGUUUAUGUAGUGACAAACGACCAUAUUCCUGUGAUGUGUGUAAAAAACGGUUUAAAACUAACGCUUUUUUAAAACGACAUAUACUGUUUCACAGUAAUAUAAGGCCAUAUUCAUGUGAUGUGUGUAAAAAACGAUUUAAAACUGACGCUUGUUUAAAACGACAUAUACUGUUUCACAGUGAUAUAAGGCCAUAUUCUUGUGAUGUGUGUAAAAACCGAUUCAAAACUGUUUCCGAAGUUAAUAGUCAUACAAGGAUACAUAGUGACCUAAGACCACAUUCUUGUGACGUAUGUAAAAAGCGAUUUAAGUUAAAGGCUGUUUUAAAUCGACAUACACUGACUCAUAGAGCGCCUUCAUAUUCGUGUGAUGUGUGUAAAAAACGAUUUAGUACUAAGGAUUAUUUAAAACUACAUAUUCUGAUUCAUGGCGAUUUAAGAUCAUAUUCGUGUGAUGUGUGUAAAAAACGCUUUAACACUCAGGUUUAUUUAAAACGACAUAUACUAUUACACAGUGAUACAAGGCCAUAUUCUUGUGAUGUUUGUAAAAAAAGAUUUAAGGUUAAGGCUGUUUUAAAUCGACAUGCACGGACUCAUAGAGCUACACGUUCACAUUCGUGUGACGUGUGUAAAAAACGAUUUAGAACUGAGGCUUAUUUAAAACUACAUACUCUUCUCCAUAGUGAUGUAAGACCAUAUUCAUGUGAUGUGUGUAAAAGAGGAUUUAUAACUAUGUCUCUAUUAAAACGACAUACAUUGGUCCAUGUCGAAGUAAGACCAGAUUCAUAG